AUCGUCAUCAUCCUGAUCACUAUUGUCUCUAUAACAUUCUCUCUCUAGAACUUACUGAAACUGAGAAAAAAACAGAUAGAAGAAGAAGAAUUCAUCCAGAGAGUACGUAUAGAGAGAGAAAGUAGAAAUGGCUUAGAGAAAGAACAAAUUCUGAUAAUUGAGAUCAAAGAGUACAGAAAUAGAGUAGAGAUUGAGACGUCUAAUAUAUAUACAUAUAUGCGGGAGCGUAAAGGAAUUAGAGAGAGUGCAGCAAUGGAGAUGGCUCCAGUCGGUGUUACGACCAGAGCUCGAGCUCUGGCUGUGGCGACGGCGACCUCCGCACCCGCCAAGAGGUGGAAGGCCGGUACCGGUGGCGGAGAAUUGAAGUUAGUUCAACUAAGAAGUCGCCGCCGUGGAGCUGUCUUCAAGCAAAAGAAUUCAGUUUCGCCGCCGCGGACGUCAGGAAAUUCCAAACGUCGACGGAGUAACGUAGUGGACAGUCGGUGUUCGAGCGAAGCUAGCUCCGGCAGUGUUCCGGCGUCUUGUUGCUCGAGCAACGGAUCGAUCUCGGUCGCGAAGGAGAGCUUGGUCAAUUCUGUAGAUCUGAAGGAGGAGAGUGUUGAGUUUGAAACAUCCACCUAUAAUAUCAACGGCAGAGAAAGAAGACGAGAGACGACACCAUCCAGCGAGCUUCGAGCUGAAUCAGACAACAUGGAUCGGUCGACGGCAAAGACACCAUCCAGCGAGCUUCGAGCUGAAUCAGACAACGUGGAUCAGUCGACGACAAAGUCAACCGGGGAUGAUAAUUCUUCUCACCGGCGAUCGUCGCCGGAGAAGACUCCCUCGAAAAGCGAAAUUGAAGAAUUAUUUGUUGACGUGAAUAUCUUACAGAAAGAGCACCUGAAAGAUUUAAAAGAGAAGUACAACUUCGACUUCGAGAAGGAACAGCCAUUGGAAGGUCCUUACGAGUGGGUUCGACUAAAGCCAUGAACACGAAGGAACAUCAAUGGAAGCCUAGAUCAAGAAACGAAAACCAAUAAUUGAUGGCUUCUUUUGAAAUUAUACUGUUAAAUUCAUCAAAUAUACUAAUUAAUUUUAUUUUUAGCUCUCAUUUUCGUUUUAAGUUCCAGUAGGAGAGCUGUUUUAGGUUGAUGAACAGUUAAACUCUGUUUCUUCUGGUACGAAGAAGCUUCUAAUAAAUUACAGUAAAUUUUAGCCCCAAA